AUAGUCUACCAUCAGAUCCUAGGGUUUCUUAUAGCAAUAAUCAUGAAUAAACUUGGAAGGGGUCACCGAGACAAAGUUCAGCAGUUUAUGGCAAUAACUGGAACUAGUGAAAAGGUUGCCCUUCAGGCCUUGAAAUCCAGUGAUUGGCACUUAGAGGGAGCAUUUGAUAUAUUUUACAGCCAACCACAUAUCCGAGCGACUACAGAUUCUAGACAUCUUGAAGAGCUUUAUAACAGAUACAAAGAUGCCUAUGUUGAUAUGAUUUUGGUUGAUGGCAUAUCUCUACUAUGUAAUGAUUUACAGGUUGAUCCCCAGGAUAUUGUUACGUUGGUUCUAUCUUGGCAUAUGAAGGCUGCCACAAUGUGUGAAUUUUCUCGAGAAGAGUUUAUUGGUGGAUUACAGUCACUGGGGGUAGAUACCAUUCAAAAGCUCCAAGAAAAGAUACCAUCACUACGUGCAGAGUUGAAAGAUGAACAAAAGUUUCGAGAGAUAUAUAACUUUGCUUUUGGAUGGGCUAAAGAAAAGGGACAAAAGUCUCUAUCUCUGGAUACUGCAAUAGGCAUGUGGCAGUUGUUGUUUGCCGAGAAGCACUGGUCUUUGGUUGAUCAUUGGUGUGAUUUCUUGCAGGCAAGGCACAACAAAUCAAUCACAAGAGAUACCUGGUCUCAGUUGUUGGAGUUUGCUAAGACGAUCGACCCCGAGCUGUCGAACUACGACGCAGAAGGAGCCUGGCCGUAUUUGAUCGAUGAAUUUGUGGAGUAUUUGUAUGAGAAUGGAAUUGUUGGACGUAGAAAUUAAAAAUGAUGAGCCAUAGAUAACACCAAUUAGGAGGAAUUCAACUAUGAUAAUUCAUCUGAAAUAUUUGAAAUGCUGUCUACACCAUAAUGCAAAACUUUUUAUUACGUCAUUGUAUCGAUUAAUUUAGCAAUCCAUUUUAUCUGUCUUUUAAGAUGGUGAGGAUGGGAUGCUAGAGAGGCUGUGAGAAAAUGCUCUUCAUUGUACUAUAUUGUUGUUGCUCUUAGAUAAUGUGUUGCUUGUUCAAUAUUUUUGUUAGUUUUAUGGACAUGAUUUGUAAUUUUGUACAGUUAAGAAUUGCAGGAUUGAUAAUAUUUUUUUU